CAAACAGGGAGGGGUGGGGCUGCUGCAGGGGUGCGACCGGACACUGAGGGGAGGCUGGGGGUCCGUCACGGGGCGCAGUGCAGCAGGAGCGCGGGCCAGGGCGCCGGGCAGAAGAGCGGCGCGGCCGGGAGAUCUCACUCGGGACUUCCCCGACUCCCUCCCAACCUGGGGAAAGGAUACAGCCCCUCCGGUGGCCUGGGAACAGGCUCUCUAAGUCAAAAUGGCUAUGGAACAGGUGUUGGAGGCGGUAUGGAACCCCCAAAGCCAGGCUUUGGAGUGGCUGUGAAGCCCCAGAAAUCAGGAUAUGGACUUGGGCUGAGAGUCUUUCCAGGAGUGGGAGCUCAGCCAGGUCCCCCAACUCAGAAUGGCCAUGGACCAGGUACCAGCGAGAGCAUGAAAUCUCCGAAGCCAGGGUUCAGCAAUGGGAACGGAAUAGGAGCUGAGGCCCUCCCAGGAGUUGGAGCCCAGCCAGGCUUGGGAGCUGGUGCGAAGCCUCAGAAGGCAGGAUUUGGCAAUGGAAACACCUUGGGGGCACAGCCAGGUCCUGCAGUUCAGAACGGCUUUGGAGCAGGCUUUGGAGGGGUUGGAAAAGCCCAGAAGCCAGGACUUGGAAACGGAAAUGAGCAGGGAGUUGGGACCAUCCCGGGAACUGGAGCCCAACCAGACCUUGGAGGAGGACUGAGACCCCAGAAGCCAGGCUACGAAGCUGUGAAGUCCCAGAAAUCUGGAUUCGGGAACAGGAGUGGAUUUGGCCUGGGAGCCCAGCCAGGUGAUGGAGGUCCCCCAGCUCAGAAUGGCCAUGGACCAGGUACCAGUGAGGGCAUGAAACCUCCGAAGCCAGGGUUCAGCAAUGGGAACGGAAUAGGAGCUGAGGCCCUCCCAGGAGUUGGAGCCCAGCCAGGCCUGGUAGCCCAGAAUGGAAUUGGAGCAGGAUAUGGGAACAAAAAUGGACUGGACGCCCUGCCAGAUGUAGGAGUAGGUGGGAAGCUUCGGAAGACAGCCCCUGCUGCUCAAAAUGGCUACCGACAAGGUUAUGGAACGGACUUGAAGACUCAGAAACCAGGAUCUUGGAAUGGCCAUGGCCUUGGAGUCCAGCUGGGGUACAGAAAUGGGCUGGGGCCUAGAACCUUCCAAGGCCAGGGGCUACGGCCAGGCCUGGGAGUGAGUAUGAAACUUCCAAAGGCAGGAUACAACCUUGGAAAUGGAGUGGCAGCCCAGCCAGGUUCCUGCAAUGGUGGCAUUGCUCCACCACAAUUCCUCCCCGGGCCCCCCACGACAGUCCCUUCAGAUAAAGGAGGUGGCUGGGGCUUGAAAUCUCAGCUCCCACCACCAGUGCAGAAUGGUAAAUUCCCAGCACCAACCCCGGCCAUUCAGUGGGGACCGAAGCCUCAGAAAGCAGGUUACCAGCCCUCCGAUGGCUAUGGAGCUGGAGCACAACUGGGCUUCCAUGGUGGCCUCAAGCUGCAGAAAGUUGGUUUCCAUUAUGGAAAUGCAGCUCUGGAAGCUGGAAUUUUGCCAGAGAUUCUGCAGUCAGGGUUCCCCACAGCCAACGGCUUUAGUAAUGGACUCAGGGAGGAGACUCUUCUCUACCCUAAAGCGACAGUUCCAACCCUUGAGAGACAUGGUCAGGCUGGGGCCUUCCAGCCCUGGGGGGCUGGAGUGAAGCCAGAAUAUGGAUAUGCAGGCCUUGGGAUCCAGACAGGGCCCUAUGGGCAGCUGAGGCCAGAGCUGCGUCUGGAGCAUUUGGGGGAUCCUGAACUGAAGACAUAUACCAAGAGCCCAUUGGGAAAUGGUUACAGAGGACACUGCCCCUCUGGGGAAUGCUGAAUGGAAGCUUCCCUGCCUACCCUGAGGGUCUCUGCAUUACAGCCUGGCUGGAGAAGCACAGCAGGAGGAUCUUCUCAACACUUGCCUAGGCCACUGCCCUGUCCCUGUCUCCUCUGGGCUGAAGUAUUAAUAAAAGCUAUAUGGUUCCCCGUU